CGAGAAGCUCGCAUGCCUCUUCCUCCCAAUGUAUACCAAACUGCACCAGACUGAUCAAUCAACCAGAGAAAUACUGUACACCCUCACGCGCCUCAGUCAGACAACGUGUCGAUGUUGUCGCCUCAACUCAGCGCUUCUGGAGAAAGUUCCCUUCACCACGCGCCUCACGUCGAAACGGCCAGGUCGGCAACAUGUUCCUCAAACAACUUGAAAGUGGUUGCAACAAAAGCGCUUUGACGUCGACGCGAAUCCACAAACGACCCUUGCCCUUUGCCUGCCAUUGGCGCGCCACACGAUAUUCUCCGGCCCAUUACUAGCCCUCCCGGCCGAGUGACCUCCCAUACAAGUCAAUUGAGGUCCAAUUGAACGUUAUAGCUUCCUUGCAUUUUCCGCUCAAAGCGGCAGAAAUACGAGCACCCUGAUCAGUAAUGGCAUGAGCUUGUAUUGAAGACGUGGGAAGCGGACAGAAAUAUGGAAAAGAAUACUCUUGAUUUGGUGGUUGCACACGCACAAAGCCAUCCAUUUCUUACGGCCGUCGUCGGCGUAGCUCUGCUGGCUACUCUGGCAACGACACCCGCCAGGAUCUUCGGAAUGGGACAUGCAAGGUUCUGGCACUCUACAAAGUCUCUCCGGUUGAAGACGAAGGAUGGUCGGGUGGUUUCAUUAGCCGACAUGUGCAAAUCCAUCGUCCCGCCAUGUCGACUCCAUCCACUGCUAUUCAAUGGUCACCUGCAAACGAUGUGGACAGUCUUGACCCGAGAAAAUGUGCCAAUCUAUUAUAAGCGGCGGCUUUUCGACCACGAGGAUCCUCUCUACACUGGACAAUUUGCCGUCGAUUUCGUUACAGCACCCUACAAUCGGUCUGACCCCAGUCUACCAGAACGGACAACGUAUUUCACCGAAGAAGAAUUCCAGGACAUUGCUUCCGAUGACAACCGUCCUAUGCUUGUCAUGCUUCACGGCCUAAGUGGGGGAUCCCAUGAGUUGUAUCUCCGCCACGUCCUGGAGCCUCUGGUAGGGGAAGGCGGAUGGGAAGCAUGUGUGGUCAUUUCGCGAGGAUGUUCCAAGACCAAGAUCACCUCGAGCGUUCUUUACAAUGCACGCGCAACAUGGGAUAUUAGACAAACAGUGAAAUGGUUGCAAAAAACCUUUCCCAACCGUCCUCUGUUUGGCAUCGGAUUUUCAUUAGGCGCUAAUAUUCUGACAAAUUACCUCGGUGAGGAAGGGAGCAAUUGUCCCCUGAAAGCCGCCGUUAUUCUGUCCAACCCCUGGGACCUCGAAGCCAGUAACCUGGCUUUGAUGAGGCCGUGGUUCAACAGAAAUGUCUAUGCCGCAACCAUGGGCAAAAGCAUGAAGAGACUAUUCGAGACACACAUUGAGCAAGUGUCCAAGAACCCCAAGAUUGACGUGGACCUCGUCCGGAAGGGAAAGUAUCUUCGAGAUUUCGAUCGAAACGUGCAAGGGCCGACCUGGGGCUAUCCCACUGAAGGAGCAUACUACCGUGAUGCCUCCUCGAUCGACUCGGCGCUCGCGAUCAGAAUCCCUUUUCUUGCCAUUCACGCAGAAGACGACCCAGUGACCGCAAGUGAGGCUCUUCCACGCCAGGAGGUGCAACAGACCCCCUAUGGUGUUCUCUGUACCACACCGGGCGGUGGACAUCUCAGCUGGUUCGAGCUCGGUAGCAAAAGAUGGUUUACCAGAGUGACAACCCCGUUCUUCCAGAAGAUGGCCCGGGAGAUCGACCUAGAUGCGAUCUCUCGAACGGAGGAAGACACUGAACAGCUGAAGGGUCAAAUAUCUCGGUCGGAGCGAGAGCCCUUGAAGCCAGUCUUUGACCCUAUGCGGAGGAAGAUGCAUGUGCCCGGGCAAUAGACCAAGAUUAGAGUGACCAGAUGCGACAGGUCAGAUGAAACAGGCCAUGGCCAGCAUGGUCUGUUUGAACGGGAGACUCCCGAUAUAGAUAAAAUCCAAAGACCAGAAUUGAAACACCAUGGUCCUUCUCACGCAAAA